UUAAUGAGAAAGAUAUUAUUUGGUAAAAUGGUAACAGAGCGAAAAAUAUCUUAAUAUCAUUCUCCAAGUACCUUCCGCUUUGAUUCUUCGGUUUUCAUCAGAAUCUCGUCGGAGUUUUAUCGGUUCUUUCAUUGGAUCUCUCUGAUUUCAGCUCAUCUGAGCUUCUCUUUGCUUCGUCCUUGGUAUUUCUCUUCAUUCUGUUUCGCUGUUUCAUCUCUCUUCGAGAGGUCGAAUCAGAUCUCAAUGGGAAAACACAAUUGUAAAUCAAAAUAUCGUUCUCUUGGACUAGAUUCACCAGAAUCCGACACGGUGUUGUUACCUCGAGGCCACGGCGAGUCAUCGGAACGUCGCGCAGCUUCGGGAUUGGUAAAUUGUGGUCCAGAUCAGUCCGAUCGUGCGGAAACUCGCCGAUCUCUCCUCGUUCCUCCUCGCGAACCGUUUGAGGUAUCAGAUUCGCCGGAUAACAUUCAUUCUCCAUAUCAUUUGCAUAGCUCCGAUCAUCCUGGUUUAGUCUUAGCAUCAAAACCUUUGGAUAUGAAUAAUUACAAUGUUUGGAUGAUUGCUAUGAUGACUAGUAUUGAAGCUAAAAAUAAGCUAGGACUCCUCGAUGGAUCUACUGUGAAACCCAUGGAUGAUGAUCCAUAUUUCAAGAUCAGGUGUCGUUGCAACAGUAUGGUCAAAUUGUGGCUAUUAAACAGCGUUUCUAAGAAGAUCUACUCUAGCAUCUUGUACAUCAAGCAUGCUUCUGAGAAUUGGAAAGAUCUCCAUACUCGCUUUCACAAGUCAAACUUGCCUCGACUAUACAAGCUUCGCCAUCAACUUCAUUCUCUCCGGCAAGGCAGUAUGGAUCUGUCAUCUUAUCACACUCAAACUCAGAUACUGUGGGAGGAACUAUCCAACAUUCAAACAACACCUCGUACUGUUGAGGAUCUUCUUGUAGAAAAGGAAACUAAUCGAGUCAUAGACUUCCUGAUGGGGCUCAAUGAUUCUUAUGAUAAUCUCCGCAGUCGCAUUUUAAUGAAGAAGAGUCUUCCUUCUCUUUCUGCAAUUUACAAUCUCUUGGACCAAGAUGACAGCCAGAAGAGUGUAACGGUCUCUGCCACCAGUGAUCUUAGUACUGCUGCUUUUCAGGUGUCUCAGUCCCAGGGACUUAGUAAAUCAAUUCAGACUCCUUCUUCUCAAGGUGCAGGUGCUCCUACCUAUCAUCGAAGCAAUCGUCCUUAUAUUACCUUUUGUGGGAAAGCAGGUCAUGUUGUCGAUAAAUGCUCGAAGAAGCAUGGCUAUCCUACCAAUUUCAAGCCAAAUGUUCGAACUGGCAAGUCCUCUCCUCUUGUUGUGAAUGUUGCUCUUGAGGAUGCCGUCAAGUGAUCCUGGUGAUGUAAGUGGAGAUUUGUCUACGAAUCAAAUUCAGCAAUUGAUGUCUUUCCUUGCCAGCAAGGUUCAGCCUCCUAGCUCCACUCCCACUCCAGAAGUUCAUUCUGUCUCAGUUUCCUCUGCCCCUUCUUCCUCAACCAUUGGCCCAAUGUCUGUUUGUAAGCUGCAAAAGUCUCUCUAUGGUCUCAAGCAGGCCUCUCGCCAAUGGUUUCUGAAGUUUUCGUCGACCUUGUUGUCUUUGGGGUUCACUCAAACCUUUGCUGAUCAUACUUGCUUUCUCAAGAUCACUGACACUCUCUUUUUAUGUGUGUUAGUUUAUGUUGAUGACAUAAUUAUUGCGAGUAAUAAUGAUUCAGAGGUUGAUCUCCUGAAGUCUCAGCUCAAAUCCUUUUUCAAGCUGCGGAAUAUGGGUCCGUUGAAGUACUUUCUGGGCUUGGAGAUAGCCAGAUCUUCUGAAGGGUUACACAUUUGUCAACGUAAGUAUGCUCUUGAUCUUCUUGAUGAAACAGGGUUACUUGGUUGCAAACCCAGCAACAUUCCCAUGGACCCGCAUGUGAAGCUCUCCAAAGAGAGUGGUGGCGAGUUUGUUGAUGUUGAGUCUUACCGGCGCCUUAUUGGGAGACUGAUGUUUCUCCAGAUCACACGUAUGGAUAUCAUGUUUGCGGUCAAUAAACUUAGUCAGUUUUCUCAGGCUCCUCGUGUUUCACAUCAGCAGGCACUUUACAAGAUUCUUCACUAUAUCAAAGGCUCCAUUGGUCAAGGUCUUUUUUACUCAUCCAAAUCGGAGCUUCAGUUGCAAAUGUUUGCUGAUGCGACUUACUCCUCUUGUCUGGAUAAGAGACGCUCAACUUCCGGUUUCUACUUGUUCCUUGGCACCUCUCUUAUCUCAUGGAAAUCCAAGAAGCAAGAUGUCGUCUCCAAAAGCUUUGCUGAAGCAGAAUAUCAAAGUCUCUCAAAGUCGACGGAUGAGCUCGUUUGGAUCACAAAUUUCUUCAAGGAGUUGAGGAUUCCUCUUUCCAAACCCACGUUACUUUUCUGUCACAACGAGGCUGCUAUUCACAUUGCAACUAAUGUUGUCUUCCACGAACGCAACAAACACAUCGAAAAUGACUGCCACAACAUCCGUGAAAGGUUAGUUGCUGGUUUGUUUCAACUGUUCCAUGUGCGUUCCUCUUUGCAGUUGGCUGAUCCUUUCAUUAAGGCUCUCUAUCCUGCGCCGUUUCACGAAGUUUUUGGCAAGAUGGGUCUACGAAAUAUCUUCUUCCCAUCUUGAGGGGGCAUAUUAGUGUAUAUCGGUCAAUUCGUUAGUGUAGAUAGUCAAUGUACAUAAGUCUCUGCUUGUAUUAGAGUAUCUCAGGCUUUGAUUUAGGCCUCUAACAACUGUAUAUAAACUCACAAUUGUAAACUUUAUUGAAUUAAUGAGAAAGAUAUUAUUUGGUAAAAAAGAACAUCACUACAAAUUUUAGCUUAGUCUUCUAUAUUGGUUUUUUCUAUCUUGCAUAAAAUAUAUUGGCCAACAUCUAACAUUCUUGAAUAGAAUAAAAUAUACAUCUUAAUUAUGCGGAAGAACUCGAGAACAUAUAUUUUCAUAAUCAAGAAAAUUCAUUUUGUUAUGAUUUAAUAAGUUCCUUAAAAGUCCCAAUAUGUUUUUAUUGUGGAUAAUGCAUUUUUUUUACGCAAAGAAAUUAUAUUGAGUUAAACUGAGUCAUUACAAAGUGGUUGCAAUAGCCAAGCAGGCUUUGUUACAGAAUCAAUAUAGUAUUCAGCAUUAUGACAACCAAAUUUUACUAGAGAAUGAGCAACUGAAUUACAUGAUCUCUUUAUAAAAGUACAUGCAAAAAAAAAUUUAGAUCUCCAAAGCUGUAUAUCUCUAAACAUGUUUGAGAGAGAAGCAUUUUCUUUUUGUCCGUUAACAAGUUUAAUAAGAGUCUCACAAUCUACUUCAAAUAUUGUCGAAGUAUAAUCUCAGAUCCAUGUAUGUUGGAGGGCCAGUAAAAGAGCCUUAUCCAAUAUUGUGGAUAAUGCAUAAACUACUACUACUACGUAACGUUCAUAUACCUCAUGAGCAGAAACUCAAGAACCUAUUUUUCAUGAUAAGAAGUAUGCAUCCGCAUGGUCAAGAAAAUUUCAUCAAGCAAGUACUGAACGUGUGUGGUGUGAGUGUGUCUGGGAGAGAAGAGACAUGGUAAGGGCAAUUGGGGAAAAAGCUUAGACCGACGCCUUUGAACAACCAAGCUGCUUGUUUCGUUUGACUCAAUUAAGCUUCAAGUCUCCACAGUUAUUAACAAAUUUUGAUAAGAGAAUCAUCAUCAGUCUCUAUCGAGUUAUAUAUACGUUUAUCGAAAUACUAAACUAUACUUGGUGUAUAUAUAUAACCAAAGAGCAUGGAAAUUUCUAUAUUGAACCUGCCAAUAAUAUAUAAAACUAGUUUGAAAUUUACAAAGAGCAUAGAAAUUCACCAAUUUUUUUAAUCCUCAAAGUUUUAAAUAUCUAAAAACAUUGCAAAGUAAAAAUUCAAAUUCAUUUUUUUUUCGCAAUGGUGUUUAAUUCAUGAUAAUCCAAAGUAACAGGCCAAAUAUUUUACAUAGACAGCAAAAGUAAAAAGGCCAAAAACAAACUAAAGCCCAAUAAAGAAACCUUAGACUGAAGAAAUUAUCUUAAACAGCACAAAGGACAUGUGGCAUUAGGGAAACAUGUUGGAUGACAUGUGGCAUUAAGGAAAUCAAAGAGAUGGAAUCUCCGAUCACGGCAGAUUGUUGUGACGCCGGAAAACAUCGAAUCAGGCCGAAAUCACCAGAGAGUUGCUCUUUUCUUGCAACAAAUCUCAAUCAUCGUCGAGAGAAGUAAAGACGAAAUCCCAAUUUAAGCUUUGAUGAGAAUAUGAUUCCAUUAAUACAGAUCCGAAAACUUCUUCAACUUCAUAUAACAACUUUUCAAAUUUCCAAGGAAACUUUUGCACUUCAAGCUUGCUUGAAACCUAUUCGAAUCUAUAAAACCCAGAAGAUGUCCAUCAAUCGAAGUCAAAACUUCGGUCAAUUUGCCGAACUUCGGUCAAUUUGCCGGUGUCUUUGUUUUUGUUAGAUCCGAAACCAAAAAUCUCUAACAGGCGGUGGUGACGCCAAAGAGAGAUCCGACCAAUCUUGCUAUGGAAGCUGAGAAGGAAUUCAACGGUGCUGGUUAAAAUCCAGCCAACGCCACCAAGGAAGCUGGCUGUUGCCAGAGAGGAAAAACACCAUAAAAACCUUUCACUCUCUGAAGGAUCUAGAGAGAGAGAAAAGAGAUAAAAGUUUUUAUCGAUCAAAAACAAAGCCAGCCAAAAGCGCUAUAGAAAUCGCCGAUACCGGAGACAAAACCGACCAACGACGCUAAGGAAGCCGCCGUUGCCAGAACCAAAGCCGGCCAACGAACGUAAUCAAUGUUUUUUUCCUAUGAUAAAAAAUAUUUGUACGUCUUGAUUGUGCAUCAAAACAUAAAGAGUUCUAUAUAUUAUGGGAUAUAAACGAAAUAUUUUAAAGUAACCUUUCAGAUUAACAUUUUCAGUUUAAUGCUUAACUAAUCAAUAGUCAUUUAUUUUAAGUGUCGGAGAAUAUUUAUUUUAAAACAAAACAAAUAACAAA